ACCUUCUCCACCUCUCCUUUUUUCCCCCAUCACAAGUUCAAAUAACCCCACUCUCCACUUUCCCCCCUCCAAUUACAAAACCAAUAUCUACAAUAAUAUCUCCACCCAAUCAUGGAAACCAAGCCGCUUUUUAAUAACCCGAACAACCCGCCGGUCGCCGGCGGCCGCCGCGACGAGUGGAGCGAAGGGGCCGUGGCUUGCCUCCUCGACGCCUACGAGUCCAAAUGGGAGCUACGCAGCCGGGCCAAGCUUAAGGGCCGGGACUGGGAUGACGUGGCCCGUCGAGUUUCGGGCCGGGCUGGCGGGGCCCGGUCCGCUAAAACGCCGUCACAGUGUAAGAAUAAGAUUGAGUCCAUGAAGAAGCGAUACCGGUCGGAGUCGGCCGCCACGGUAGCCGGAGGAAGAGGAGGAGGGUUUUCGCGGUGGCCGUUCUUUGGCCGGAUUCAGAGGCUGAUGACUUGGAAGAAUGAUAGUGGUAGUGGUUUUAUGCUUGAGGCAUCGCCGGUGGCGGCGGCGGCGGUUCCGAUUGGUGGCACUCCAGCGAUGAACGGCGGCGUGGGAGCGGGUAAGGAACCUUUAGAAGGCAAAGGAGAGAACAAAGAACAUAGCCAAGCACAGAUAGAUGCAGAGCCAAGCAAGCCAACUAAUGAUGCCUACAAAGAGAGAGAAGACAAAGAGGAGAAGAAGGAGAAGAAGAAGAAGAAGAAGAGAAGGAUGCAGGAAAGAGAGGAGGAAGGAGAUGACUUUGACGUCAUUGAAAGCAUCCAGAGUCUUGCAGAGACUGCACUCAAGGUAGAGCAAUUGAGAAUGGAAGCCAUGAGAGAUGUGGAGAAAAUAUGGGCUCAAGCUGAAGCCAAGAAGGGAGAGCUUGAUUUGAAACGAACUGAGAUUACAGCCAAAACCCAGUUAAAAAUUGCAAGGCUCUUUUGCAAGAGUACUGGCUGAUGUAAGUUACAUUCAAAUGUGAUAUCUUGUUCUUUUGCCUCCUGCCCAAAUAUGAAAAUAUGGAGCUCCAACAUGUUACAUAAUCAUCAACAAAUCCAUCAGUUUGGCUUUUGAGGCGCAUUUAAGUUUCAUUUGGGACGGCUUUCUCAUUGCUUCUUAAAGCGGUUUUAUAGUACAAAAAUUAAAAUUUUUGUAUUAAAAAACUGUUUUAAGAAGCAAUAAAAAACUAGUCCCAAACGAAACCUUAAUUUCUUGUAAACAGAAUUCAUAUAUUAAAAAACAAUGAAAUUUGCUGGCUCCUACCAUUUGUCAUUGAUUGGAUGUAAAAAAUCAACAAGGAUUUUAUUGAGAGAACUUGGCUCAGAAUAUCCUGAGCUGAAUAAGGAA